ACAGAGGCUAUCGUUUCUAUUGUUGUGGAAAGGCUGGGUGAUUUGCUCUUGGAAAAAGCAACAUCCUUCUACGGGUCCUUGCACGGGGUGAGUAACCAAGUUCAACAGCUACAAUAUGAGCUCAAACGGAUCCAAAGUCUCCUAAAAGACGCAGAUGCGAGGCAAAAUGAAAGAGAGAGUGUAUGCCGAAGAUAUUAUUGAGAGCUAUGCCCUCAAAGUUGGCUCCAGGCAGGGAGGAGGCAUACAAAAUGUCCUGAAAAGGUUUGGCUUCAUCUUGGGAGAAGCAAAAGCUAUUGAUCAAACUAGCUCAAAGAUUGGUGAAAUAACGAAGAGAAUUUCUACAUUGAACUUGCAUUUACAAAAUUAUGGCAUAAAAUUUGAUUCGAUGGAAGGUGGAGGCCCAAGUUCUUUGAGUGAGAAGAUAAGAGAGCAAAGGCAAACUUAUGCGCAUGUUCAACCUGAUCGUGUUGUUGUUGGAUUGGAGGAUAACCUGAAGGAAGUGGUGGCAUGUUUGACAGAAGAGGUCAAAUACAAGUACAGAGUCGUUUCCAUAUGUGGUAUGGGUGGUCUUGGAAAGACUACUCUUGCUAGGAAGGUUUAUCAUCACCCAAAAGUCAAGAGUCACUUUGAAUUUCGUGCUUGGGUAUAUAUCUCUCAACAAUGUCAAAUAAGAGAUGUUUGGGAAGGAGUUAUGAUCAAACUUAUCUCUCCAUUUGAAACGGAGAGAGAUAAAAUUCGAAAAAUGACAGAUGCAGAGCUUACUAAGGAACUUUGUGAAAUUCUACGCCGAAAUAAAUGUUUGGUGGUUCUAGAUGAUAUCUGGAAAGUCGAGAAUUGGAACAGAUUAUCUGCUACCUUCCAAUUGAAUGAUACGAACAGCAGAAUAUUGCUAACCUCUCGUAAGGUAGACAUGGCUUUGCAAGUAGAUCCAAGGCGGGGCCACCUUCACGAAUUAAAGCUUCUAAAUGAUGAAAACAGCUGGGAAUUGCUUCAAAAUAUAGCAAUAUCAUGGAGAUCAGAAGAUUCUAAAAUCAAGGAAGAAAUGAGCUUUUUAGUAAAAGAGACGGUUAGCUAUUGUAAGGGUUUACCACUGGCCGUCAUUGUACUAGGAGGACUUUUGGCAACAAAGCAGACGUUAGAAGAGUGGAAACAAGUGCAUAGAAAUGUUAAAUCAUACCUUCAUCAACAGAAAGAUCUUGGAAUUAUAAGCAUGGUGUUAGCUUUAAGUUAUGAUGAUUUGCGUUCCCACUUGAAAUUGUGCUUCCUAUAUUUAGGCCAUUUCCCAGAGGAUUUUGAGAUACGGACUAAGGAGUUAAUUCAAAUGUGGAUGGCCGAAGGUCUUAUACUUCAAAUGCAACACACUGGAAGUAACAAGGAAACACUGGAGGAUGUUGGAGAACAAUAUUUAAAGGAGCUAGUUCAAAGGUGUAUGGUACAAGUAGGACAAAAGAGUUCAUUUGCAGGGAUCAAAACUUGUCGUCUCCAUGAUCUUAUGCGAGACUUUUGUGUGGUAAAAGCUAAAUCGGAAAAUUUUCUCCACAUCAUCAAUAUUAAUCAUGAGUCCAAUGAAAAAAUAGAAACUCCCAUUGGUGAAGUUCGAAGAGUUGCUAUCAGUGGUGGAUCAAGUGAUCCCGUGAGGCUUGGAUUUAUAGUUCCAUCAACAUCCCUAAAAUAUUUUCACCUAAGGUCUCUUCUAAUAUUCUCUGUGCCUUUGAAAGUCAAAUCUAUGCUAAGGAACUUCAAAUAUCUUAAGAGUCUUGAAUUUUGGAAUGACUACCGAUCUUGACGAUGGCGACUAUAGGUCGGAGAUGGUUUCCCCCCCUGAGAUCAAAAGUCUCAUCAACUUGAGAUUCUUAUCUCUAAGGUCUACUGGUGUAAGAAGUAUCACAUCUCUAAGAAAUUUGAAGUUCUUGCAAACACUAGAUUUGUGGUGGACAUCUUGGCAAUUAGCUAAUGUGCCAAAUGAUGUGUUCAGAAAUAUGGAGCACUUGCGGCAUCUGUAUCUACCUCUGUUUUCCGAAGUCAGGGGGAAGUUGCAACUACCUAAUGCUAGUAAGCUGCAAACACUUGUGAAUAUUCCUGUUUUCAUUUGUGAUGUUAAAGAUCCGAUGGCUGGAUUUGACAAGUUUGGAAACAACUUAAUGCCUUCAAAUUUCACAUUCAAUUGUCUUCAUGUUCAUAAGAUCCGAUGUCCAAAUAGUAAUUGGGAUAAGAGAGUGGAUAUAACACCAAUGGUAACGAGUUGUCCUCACAUAUAUCAGCUACGGCUUUUGUGGAAAAUAGAGAAAUUGCCAGAACACGGCAAAAUUUCUCCACAUCUUGCCCGGUUAAUGUUACAUGCGACUCAUCUUGAAGAAGGCCCAAUGCUGAUUUUGGAGAAGUUUCCCGACUUAAAGAUUCUCCACCUUAGGUCUCAUGCCUACACAAGGAAGAAGAUUAUUUGUUCUGUAAGAGGAUUUCCUCAACUUCAAUCCCUCGUUCUUGCAUAUUUACGUAACUUAGAGGAGUGGGAGGUGGAGAAAGGAUCCAUGCCCAACCUCUGCCAUUUGAAGAUUGAAUAUUGCCAGAAUCUUAGUAUGGUUCCAAAUGGACUUCAGUUUGUCAAUAACCUACAAAAAUUGGAAAUUGAAGGCAUGUACUCAUCAUUCAUAGCUAGACUUGGCGAAGGAGGACAAGAUUUUUACAAAAUACGACACGUGCCUUCCCUCGAAGUUAAACCAAGCAGAUUUGUAUAAGGAUCUUGGAGUUUGGACGAUAUAACACUAGCAAUCUGACAUGAUAGAACGUGG